AUGCAUAAUCUUUUCCUGGGAACGCCAAAGAGAAUGAUGGAUUGGUGGAUUGAGGAGAGAAAAAUCACCAAAAAGGAUUUUGUUAUGAUGCAGAAGAUGGCAGAUAAAAUGGUGGUGCCAAAUGAUUACAUGGUACUGGGAUCAAAGAUUGGAAAGGGGUUUGGACACAUGAAAGCAGAUGAAUGGAAGUAUUGGGUUCUGGUAUACUCCCCUAUCUUGUUGAAGGCUGUUCUGCCUACUGAGAUGUUUAACAACUGGAUCAGUUUUGUCAAUGCAUGCCGUAAUAUAGUGAAGCCAAGUAUCACAUUCUCUGACCUCAAUGAUGCCCAUCAGUUUCUUCAAGAAUUCUGUAAUGAAUGCAAACGUAUUUACACCGCUAAUGUCCUCACCUGCAAUAUGCAUCUACACCUCCAUCUUUGCAAGACUAUUUGUGAUUUUGGACCUGUGUAUGGCUAUUGGCUCUUUGGGUUUGAGCAAUAUAACGGUUUGUUAAAGAACGUAAGCACAAACAGAAAAGAUUCUUUUGAGACUACGUAUAUGCAGAGUUUUGUCCAAGAUACUUUCAAGGGUGACUAUGUCAAUGCUGUUCUCCAAUGUCCGAGCCAAGUCCCCUUUCUUCCACUUCUUGCCAAGCUUACUGCCACUGCUCAACCAUCCAUCCUGGGCAAUGAACCUCUUCCUUCCUUUACGUUUCCUCUUCACAUCAAGCCCUCAUCAGCAAUGAGCAAUGUCGACUAUUCUCAUUUGCUUGAUUAUUAUAAAGUCACAUAUCACAUUCCUGAUCUUGAAAGUUACCAAUUUCCGUUCUCUUCCUUCUCCUUUGUUGACAAUUAG